AUGCUAGGCGGCGGCACCACGGCUGCGAAGCCAUCUCUCUUUGGAGCGGCACCGACGACGACUCAACCUCCAGCUCAGCAAGCCGGCGGCAUGUCCUUAGCGGGUGGCCUUUUGGGCGGCCAGGCGCUGACCGUUGCUAACAACACGACCACCUCUGCAGCUCAACCCGCCGGAGCCUACUUUGACAGCCUCUUCGCAAAGACCCAGAAGGCCGGUGUCGUUAAUUCCAACAUGGAGGAUCUCCCUAGCCUAGAGCUUGGCCUGGGAGAUUUGCGCCACCGGUUGAGAAAGCUGCAGUCGAAGCAGACUGGGGGUGCUGAUGGAAAGGCUCACUACUUGCUCGCGGCCUCUGGCGUGGAUCCCAGUGUUGCAGCCAAAGACCUCGGCCUCCUCGACAUCCAGGGCACGCGAACUGAACGACCAACACACGGUUACGCUCCGGCAGAUGUCGAUGUCGAAACCUACCUGUCGAACCUGCAGACGAAGACGACCCUGAGCAUGAUUCAGGACGGCCUCGAGCGGUCACUCCGCGAUUUUGACAAUUUCUUGGAGGACAACGUAGCCAUGGAGUGGGACGCACAGAGGAAGCGUAUCUAUCAACAUUUUGGCAUAAAGCCUCGUGAGACCUCGGCCACGGCUGGUCGUGAGGCUCAGGGCGGAUUUGGACGAUCCCGACGGAAGACCCAAGGAAGCACUCCCCGUGACACUCGCAGCAGUACAUUUGGCAAUUCGACAUUCCAGCGCUCUGUUAUUGGAGCCCGGUCGAGAAUUGGAACUCAUCAAUCCGAGUUCGCCGACAUCGACCGGUCUACAGAGAGCGUCAGCAAGUCCAGGAACGAGGACCAGGCCCUGCGCGAACGCCAGUCUAAACUGGCUGAAAAGGUCCGCAGCCUCAACUCCUCGCGUCUUCUCGGCCGACCCUACCCCAUCUUGGCAGAGCUGGCUGAGGUUGAGCAAAAAUCCCACGAGCCACAUGCGCCUCACAUUGUGGAAGCCUACCGAGCCAUGAUUGAAAUUGUUGGUGAAGACGCCAAUGCCGAGACGACGCUUCGCAGUGCUACAGCCAAGGAGCGCCAGUUCGCCGAGAUGUAUCUAGACGAAAACCCUAACUCCCAGCUUUCGAUUGAAAUGAGAAGGCGGAUCCUGAGCGGCGCAAAUGCAUUCCUCGAAAAGCAGUUCCUUCGCGAGGUGGAGUCCCUUAUUGCUAAGCACCCUCACGAAGCUAAGCUUGGAGGUCUGCCGGACAUCACCAGCAAGAUCAAGGCAUACAUCCGACUACGAUCAGCUAGAAAGGACUUGGUCCCCGACAACACCGAGCUUCAGCAAAUCCAUGGCGAAUAUGUUUGGGCCAUUGUCUUCUACCUCCUUCGAUCUGGCCAUGUAAACGAGGCUGCCAAGUAUGUCAACGACAAUAGCAAUCAUUUCCGGGGUAUUGACCGCACGUUUUCGACAUACCUCAACAACUAUGCCGCUAGCGAAGACCGUAGAAUCACUAACAGGAAGCUGCUCGAUCGCUGCACAAAUGAAUACAUCCAGCGCUCUCGUAACGCCCCAGAGAAUACCAUUGAUCCCUUCCGCAUGGCCUGUUACAAGGUUAUUGGUCGGAUUGAGUUGAACAACCGCAACCUGGACGGCCUCAACACCGACAUCAACGACUGGAUUUGGCUUCAGUUCAACCUGGCCAGAGAGGGCGAUAAGGCUCUAGAAAUGGCCGGAGAAUCAUAUGGACUGGCAGAUCUGCAGGCCAGCAUCAAAGAGAUUGGCCAGAAGCACUUCCCCAAGACUCCUUCUGACGAUAACAACGGCAGCUGCGGCAUGUUCUUCUACCUACAGAUCCUGUCCGGCAUGUUUGAGGAUGCCGUCUCUUAUCUCUACCCCUUUUCCUAUGUGGACGCAGUUCACUUUGGCCUGGCCCUUGAGUUCUACGGCCUGCUCCGUCCCAGUGACCCAAUGUCUGCCUCCAACGACUUGCGCACGCAUAGCAUGAAGGGCCUCCCACAGAUCAACUUUGGUCGUAUGAUUGGCUACUACACUCGAGACUUCCGGGCUGCCGAUGCCGUCUCCGCCGUUGACUAUCUCACCUUGAUCUGCCUAAACGCAGAUCUCAAUGGAGAAGCCGGGGCACGUCACAGUGGUCUCUGCCAUGAGGCUUUGAGAGAGCUGGUGCUGGAGACGCGAGAAUUCAGCAAGCUUAUUGGUGACAUUAGGCCAGAUGGCCGCCGCAUCUUGGGCAUCAUCGAGGGUCGCGGACCGUUGAUUGGCCUCGAUGGACAGGACGACUUUGUCAAUACCGUCACUCUGCAAGCUGCCAGCUUUGCUGAUGAGAAUGGCCGAACUACUGAUUCCGUGCUGCUCUAUCACCUUGCUGGCGAGUAUGAUGCAGUUGUGGCUAUUGUUAGCCGUGCCCUGAGUGAAGCCAUUUCUCUUGAAAUUGGAGAAGACCCAAUGCGCUUGAUGCCUGUUAAGCCAAGGGGUGGCACUCAGGAGACAGAGCAGGGCGGCAGCCUUAGCUUGGCAGCCAUCGACGAUCCUGUCGAGCUUGCCAAGACGAUGAUGACCAUGUACGAGCGCGAUGCCAUGUUCUACAGGAAUAUCCAAGACCAGAACAAGAUUGCCUGCCGCGUUUUGCUUGAGAUGAGUGCCAUCAAGAGCUUGGUGGAGGCUAGCCAAUGGGCUCAAUGUCUUGACAAAAUUCGUGGCCUGGAUAUCCUCCCCCUCGAAGCAGGGGGCGAUGCCAGCACAAUCCGUGCCUACGCCUCCAAAUUCUCCAGCCUCUCACAGCCAGUGUCCAUUAAUGUGUCCAAUCUAAUCAUGUGGACCAUCAUCAGCUGCGUCAGACAAAGAGAGCAGCUAGUCAAUGGGCAGUUCAGCGGCAACGAGGGCACGAGAAGGAUGAUGGUGGAACAGCUGAAGCAGAUGAUUCUUGAUCUGACGACUUACACGAGCCAACUGCGAUACAGGUUCCCGCCACAUCUGCACGAGGCAUUGGCUAGAGCGUCUGCGGAGUAA